CACGGUCUAAUUCCAACCAUGUCCCCAUGAAAGCAAUAGUUUAUGUCAUAGAGGUCUCCAUAUACCAGACUAUAUCCACUUUAGCAGUUUAUGCUUAUUUUUUUUAUUAUUAUUGUCAUUAUUUCUGUCACCCUCUGACUUCCAGUGGGUUCUCGGGACAAGGAGGAGGAGAUGAAUUACGAAUUUGGGCGAGAAAGUGGUUUUAUCAACAGCCAGCCGUCGCUCGCUGAGUGCCUGACAUCUCUCACUAACCCUGUCGGUGAUGCAUUUCAAAGUUCAUCAAUCAAGAGCCCGGCGCUUUCACGGUCGACACUGAUUCCUCCUCCUUCCUUUGAGCACACCAUCCCCGGCCUGAGCGCGGGCAUCCACCCACGCCACAGCCGCGCAAAGCAGCAGGCUCUGAGAGGCUGCAGCCCGCUGCGCGCCGCAUCCCUGCCUCCGGAGUACCCGUGGAUGAAGGAGAAGAAAAGCAUCAAGAAGAACCAGACUACUACUGCUGCUGCUGCUGCUGCUUCUUCCUCUGCUUCUGCUGCUGCCACGACGACUGACUCCUCUCCACUCUACUUCUCACCCCAAGGUUCACCAGAGGUACCAGAGGUUGUUGUUGGCGGUGGAGGAGCAUCCAGGAGGCUGAGAACUGCCUACACCAACACCCAACUCCUGGAGCUGGAGAAGGAGUUUCACUUCAACAAAUACCUGUGCAGACCCAGGCGAGUGGAAAUAGCUGCUUUGCUGGAUUUAACGGAGAAGCAAGUGAAAGUGUGGUUUCAGAACCGGAGGAUGAAGCACAAGAGGCAGACCCACUGCAAGGAGAACCGGGACAGCGAGGGGAAAUACGCGUGCCUGAUGGACGACGGGCCGGAGGAGGACGAAGAGUUCGAGCCAGAGGCUGAGAGCGGCGCAGGCGGGACGCUCCUGGAGAGGGAGAGGUAUUUCCCCCAAAAUACCUUGACUUCACAACAGUGUCAGAACGGGAACAAUGGAGACAGUCUGAGCCCCACAGCUGCGCAUUUGAGCAGCUAUGAGAAAAAUCUGAAACAUUUUCCUAACCCAGCGCCCACUGUUCCAACCUGCGCGUCAACAAUAGGCCCGGACAAUGAGUGUUCCCCGGGCCUGGAUGUCUCUUUGCAGGAUUUCCACGUUUUCUCAUCCUCCUCCUCUUUCUCACCGAGUUUGUCAGAUUCAACACAAAGUCCUCUGCACUUAUCCUCCGAGACGUUUGACCUUUUCUCAGAAACUCUCACAACAAUCGACCUGCAAAACUUGAGUUAUUGAAAUAUUUGCCUUGUUAAUUCUCAUUCAGACACCAUGUGUUCUGUCAGUGUGUCAGUUUUAGCCUCAUGGGGGAAAUAUUUAAAAAAUCCCACCAAUAAGGUAAGUUAAAGCAAAAAACAAACAAACAGGAAAGCAACUAUUUUGCCUUCAUAGGCUGUUUAUUCCACGAGGCUGUUAUUAUAGAGGACAUUUCACAUUUAUUUUUAUAUGGAUUCCCACUAUAACUCAGCAGAAUAUUUUCCUUGAAAUAAAACUCUACAUGGAGUGGAA